AUGAUAUUUUCAACUUUAGAGCAUAUAUUAACUCAUAUAUCCUUUUCGAUCGUUUCAAUUGUAAUUACAAUUCAUUUAAUAACCUUAUUAGUCGAUGAAAUCGUAGGCCUAUAUGAUUCGUCAGAAAAGGGCAUGAUAGCUACUUUUUUCUGUAUAACAGGAUUAUUAGUUACCCGGUGGAUUUAUUUGGGACAUUUACCAUUAAGUAAUUUAUAUGAAUCAUUAAUCUUUCUUUCAUGGAGUUUUUUCAUUAUUCAUCUGGUUCCCUAUUUUAAAAAACAAAAAAACCUUUUUAAUUUAAACGCAAUAACCGCCCCAAGUGCUAUUUUUACCCAAGGUUUUGCUACUUCGGGUCUUUUAACUGAAAUGCAUCAAUCCGCAAUAUUAGUCCCGGCUCUUCAAUCCCAUUGGUUAAUGAUGCACGUCAGUAUGAUGGUAUUAGGCUAUGCAGCUCUUUUAUGCGGAUCAUUAUUAUCAGUAGCUCUUCUAGUCAUUACAUUUCGAAAAUUAAUAAGGAUUUUUAGUAAAAGCAACAAUUUCGUAAAUGAUCCACUUUCUUUUGGUGAGAUUCAAUACGUCAGCGAAAGAAACAAUGUUUUACAAACCACUUCGUUUCUUUCUUCUAGGAAUUAUUACAGAUCUCAAUUGAUUCAACAAUUGGAUCUUUGGAGCUAUCGUAUUAUUGGCCUUGGGUUUAUCUUUUUAACCAUAGGUAUCCUUUCGGGAGCGGUGUGGGCUAAUGAAGCAUGGGGAUCAUAUUGGAAUUGGGAUCCUAAAGAGACUUGGGCAUUUAUUACUUGGACCAUAUUUGCGAUUUAUUUACAUACUCGAACAAAUUUUAAAAGCGUAAAUUCUGCCAUUGUGGCCUCGAUGGGAUUUCUUAUAAUUUGGAUAUGCUAUUUUGGAGUUAAUCUAUUAGGAAUAGGGUUGCAUAGUUAUGGUUCAUUUACAUCAAUAUCGAAUUGA